AAUUGCCAAGAAAAUGCUUUUAGAAGAAAUCAAAGCCAAUCUUUCCUCUGAUGAGGAUGCAUCUUCAGAUGAUGAGUCGGAUGGAAGAAAAAAGAAAACUGGAAAGCCAAUUGAAAACACAGGAGAUUAUGAGGCUAAGAAUGAAAAAGAAGAUAAUUCUGACUCAGAUUCAGAGGAAGAAGAAGAAGAAGAAUCAAAGAAGCCAAGAUACAGACACCGACUGCUGAGGCACAAGCUGACAGUGAGCGAUGGAGAAUCUGAUGAAGAAAAAAAGGUGAAACCAAAAGAGAAAAAGGAAGGAAAACGCAGGAAUAGAAGGAAAGUAAGCAGCGAUGAUUCAAAUGACUCCGAGUUUCACGAGUCUGCUGUUAGUGAAGAAGUCAGCGAGUCUGAAGAUGACCAACGUCCAAGAACAAGGUCUGCCAAGAAAGCAGAGGCGGAAGAAAACCAGCGCAGUUACAAACAAAAAAAGAAGCGAAGGCGUAUAAAGGUUCAGGAGGAUUCCUCAAGUGAAAACAACAAUAAGAGUAAUUCUGAGAAUGAGGACAACGAUGAUUCAAAAUCUCCUGGAAAAGGCAGGAAGAAAAUAAGGAAAAUUAUUAAAGAUGAUAAGCUUAGAACAGAAACACAAAAUGCACUUAAAGAAGAAGAGGAAAGAAGAAAACGUAUAGCAGAAAGAGAACGCGAGAGAGAGAAAUUGAGAGAGGUGAUCGAGAUCGAAGAUGCUUCACCUCUGAAAUGUCCCAUUACAACUAAGCUGGUUUUAGAUGAAGAUGAAGAAACCAAGGAACCGUUAGUGCAGGUUCACAGGAGUAUAGUUACCAGACUGAAACCACACCAAGUAGAUGGUGUUCAGUUCAUGUGGGAUUGCUGUUGCGAAUCUGUAAAAAAAACAAAGACAUCUCCUGGUUCUGGAUGCAUUCUUGCUCACUGUAUGGGUCUGGGGAAAACGUUACAGGUAGUAAGUUUUCUGCACACAGUCUUGCUGUGUGACAAGCUGGAUUUUCGGACAGCUCUGGUAGUGUGUCCACUGAACACGGCCUUGAACUGGUUGAAUGAGUUUGAAAAGUGGCAAGAAGGUUUAGAAGAUGACGAAAAACUCGAGGUCUGUGAGCUAGCAACUGUGAAACGCCCUCAAGAGAGAAGCUACAUGCUCCAGCAUUGGCAAGAUGAAGGAGGAGUGAUGAUAAUAGGCUAUGAGAUGUAUCGUAAUCUUGCACAGGGCAGGAAUGUGAAGAGUAGAAAACUUAAAGAAAUAUUUAAUAAAGCUCUAGUUGAUCCAGGCCCCGACUUUGUUGUCUGUGAUGAAGGGCACAUACUAAAAAACGAAGCAUCUGCUGUUUCCAAGGCAAUGAAUUCCAUUCGAUCUAGGAGAAGAAUAGUUCUUACAGGAACACCACUGCAAAAUAAUCUUAUAGAAUAUCACUGCAUGGUUAACUUUAUUAAGGAGAAUUUGCUUGGUUCAAUUAAGGAAUUCCGAAAUCGAUUUAUAAAUCCCAUUCAGAACGGUCAGUGUGCAGACUCAACUCUGGUAGAUGUCAGAGUAAUGAAGAAGCGUGCACAUAUUCUCUAUGAGAUGUUAGCUGGAUGCGUUCAGAGGAAAGAUUACACAGCAUUAACAAAGUUCCUCCCGCCAAAAUACGAGUAUGUUCUAGAAGUUCGCAUGACACCUCUUCAGUGCAAACUCUACCAGUACUACUUGGAUCAUUUGACAGGUGUAGGCAGUGGCAAUGAAGGUGGAAGAGGCAAAGCUGGAGCUAAACUAUUCCAGGAUUUCCAGAUGUUGAGCAGAAUCUGGACUCACCCUUGGUGUUUGCAGCUGGACUAUAUUAGCAAAGAAAAUAAGGGCUAUUUUGAUGAAGACAGUAUGGAUGACUUCAUAGCUUCAGAUUCUGAUGAAACUUCAAUGAGCUUAAGUUCUGAUGAUUAUGCAAAGAAAAAAAAAUCCAAGGGGAAAAAG